GCCUCCCGAGAAGGGAGGGCGCAGCGGCGGCUGGAGGAGGAGGAGGAGGAGGCGGCGGCGAUGCUGGCGGCGGCGGAGGAGGAGGACAAGAGGCAGCUCCCUUGAGCGUCCCCCCAGGCAGUAGUCACCGCAGCGGCGGUGGCAGCAGCGGUGGCAGCGGCGGGCGGCGGCGGCUCUUCCUCUCGCCUGCGAUCCAAGGCUUGCUGCUCCCAGCCCGCGUCGGGCCCCGGCCACCUCCGCCGCCGAGGCUUCCCCUACACCCGGGCGCACGCCGCGCGGACUCCUCGGGUUUUCCGGGCGCCGGCGGGGGCUGCCCUGGCCUCGGCCCCUGCUCUGCCGCCGGUGGCCGAACUCCGUGGCGGCCCCGAGGCGCCGCCCUCCCCCUUGCCACCGCUUGGCCGCUGUUCUUCGGCGACAUGGAAGAUGGACCCUCUAACAAUGCGAGUUGCUUCCGAAGGCUGACCGAGUGUUUCCUCAGCCCCAGUUUGACGGAUGAGAAGGUGAAGGCCUAUCUUUCUCUCCAUCCCCAGGUAUUAGAUGAGUUUGUUUCAGAAAGUGUCAGCGCAGAGACUGUGGAAAAGUGGCUGAAGAGGAAAACCAACAAACGAGAAGAUGAACCAUCUCCUAAGGAAGUCAGCAGGUACCAGGAUACGAAUAUGCAGGGAGUCGUGUACGAGCUGAACAGCUACAUAGAGCAGCGCCUGGACACGGGCGGGGACAACCACCUGCUCCUCUACGAGCUAAGCAGCAUCAUCAGGAUAGCCACAAAAGCCGACGGAUUUGCACUGUACUUCCUUGGAGAGUGCAAUAAUAGUCUGUGUGUGUUCACACCACCCGGAAUGAAGGAAGGUCAACCCCGGCUCAUCCCCGCAGGGCCCAUCACACAGGGAACCACCAUCUCUGCCUAUGUGGCCAAAUCUAGGAAGACGCUGCUGGUAGAGGACAUCCUUGGGGACGAGCGAUUUCCACGAGGCACUGGCUUACAAUCAGGAACCCGAAUCCAGUCUGUGCUUUGCUUGCCCAUUGUCACUGCCAUCGGAGACUUGAUUGGCAUCCUUGAACUGUACAGGCACUGGGGCAAAGAGGCCUUCUGCCUCAGCCAUCAGGAGGUUGCAACAGCCAAUCUUGCUUGGGCUUCCGUAGCAAUACACCAGGUGCAGGUGUGCCGAGGUCUCGCCAAACAGACCGAACUGAAUGACUUCCUGCUUGAUGUAUCAAAGACAUACUUUGAUAACAUAGUUGCCAUAGACUCUCUACUUGAACACAUCAUGAUAUAUGCAAAAAAUCUAGUGAACGCCGACCGCUGCGCGCUCUUCCAGGUGGACCACAAGAACAAGGAACUGUACUCAGACCUGUUUGACAUUGGGGAGGAGAAGGAGGGGAAGCCCGUCUUCAAGAAGACCAAGGAGAUCAGAUUUUCCAUCGAGAAAGGGAUUGCUGGUCAAGUAGCAAGAACGGGCGAAGUCCUGAACAUUCCUGAUGCCUACGCGGACCCUCGCUUUAACAGGGAGGUGGACCUGUACACGGGCUACACCACGAGGAACAUUCUGUGCAUGCCCAUAGUGAGCCGCGGCAGUGUGAUUGGCGUGGUGCAGAUGGUGAACAAGAUCAGCGGUAGUGCCUUCUCCAAGACGGACGAGAACAACUUCAAGAUGUUUGCCGUCUUCUGCGCGCUGGCCUUGCACUGUGCUAAUAUGUACCAUAGGAUCCGCCACUCAGAGUGCAUCUACAGGGUUACCAUGGAGAAGCUGUCUUACCACAGCAUCUGCACCUCUGAGGAGUGGCAAGGCCUCAUGCACUUCAACCUGCCAGCACGCAUCUGCCGGGAGAUCGAGCUAUUCCACUUUGACAUUGGUCCUUUUGAGAACAUGUGGCCUGGGAUCUUUGUCUACAUGAUCCAUCAGUCUUGUGGGACAACCUGUUUUGAACUUGAAAAAUUGUGCCGUUUUAUCAUGUCUGUGAAGAAGAACUAUCGGCGCGUUCCUUACCACAACUGGAAGCAUGCAGUCACGGUGGCACACUGCAUGUAUGCCAUACUUCAGAACAACAAUGGCCUCUUCACAGACCUCGAGCGCAAAGGCCUGCUAAUUGCAUGUCUGUGCCACGACCUGGACCACAGGGGCUUCAGUAACAGCUACUUGCAGAAAUUCGACCACCCCCUGGCCGCGUUGUACUCCACCUCUACCAUGGAGCAACACCACUUCUCCCAGACCGUGUCCAUCCUUCAGCUGGAAGGGCACAAUAUCUUCUCCACCCUGAGCUCCAGCGAGUACGAGCAGGUGCUGGAGAUCAUCCGCAAAGCCAUCAUCGCCACCGACCUCGCCCUAUACUUUGGGAACAGGAAGCAGUUGGAGGAGAUGUACCAGACAGGGUCACUGAACCUCCACAACCAGUCCCAUAGAGACCGUGUCAUCGGCUUGAUGAUGACUGCCUGUGAUCUUUGCUCUGUGACGAAGCUAUGGCCAGUUACAAAAUUGACAGCAAAUGAUAUAUAUGCAGAAUUUUGGGCUGAGGGUGAUGAGAUGAAGAAGCUGGGAAUACAGCCCAUUCCUAUGAUGGACAGAGACAAGCGAGAUGAAGUCCCUCAAGGGCAGCUUGGAUUCUACAAUGCCGUGGCCAUUCCUUGCUAUACCACCUUGACGCAGAUCCUCCCACCCACAGAGCCUCUGCUGAAGGCCUGCAGGGAUAACCUCAAUCAGUGGGAGAAGGUAAUUCGUGGGGAAGAGACAGCAAUGUGGAUUUCAGGCCCAGUGCCUAGCAAAAGCACAUCUGAGAAGCUGAAUGUGAAAGUCGACGACUGAUCGUGAAGUGGUGUCUGCCCAGCAACUGAAUCAACCUGCUUCUGUGACUUCGUUCUUUUUAUUUUCAAGGGGUGAAAACCCUCUCUCAGAAGGUACCGUCGCAUAUCCAUGUGAAGCAGAUGACUCCCUGCUUGCCGCACACACCUCGGACAGUGAGCAACCCAGGCUCCACAGUGUUCAGAAGUCGGCUAUUCUGUGGCUCCACCUGACCUCCAAAUGCUAUUUGCUACCAGGCCAGCACUGCACUGUCUGGAGCGGGCAGAGACUACAGGAGGGGUUCUCGCCUGCAUCUUCCCAUGGGAAUGUGGCCAGUACCCUCAUUCUGUGCUUCGUCUCUAACAGCCAUGCUGCUGCUUGGUGGCAUUGGUUAGGAAUGGGACACAUACACACACCCCUUGUUGUGAAGUUUACAUGUGACCUUCUUGUAGGUUAACUGAGUUUGUAGCCUGGGACACAUGUAAUGAAGGUUACAGUCCACAGGUGAUAGAGAAAUUCAAGCUGUUGAUUACAGGUGCACUACAGGUGUGUUCUCUCAGUUCAUCUGGGGGGGCACGUAGGUGAGUCAGCUCCACUCAGAAGGAAGCACACCUCUGCCCUCAUCAAGGGGACACAGGGUACAUCCCAGGCAUCGGGGAACUGAAGCUCUCACUUCAAACAAUGUCAAAGAAGUAAAACACCUCCCCCCCCCCUCCCUUCACUGUAGCCUUUGGCGAUUGCGCCAAUCCCUUUACACCAAGAAAAUAAAAGUAAGGCAUAUUCAAGCAAGUCUUGUGAGUAAAAAAAAAAAAAAAAAAUGUGAAUUUUAACAAUUUCUUUAUACUUUCACUGUGUGUUAUGGCAGAAUUUUAGUCACAUCUAAAACAAAAGAUUAUUUCAGAAGACACCUCAUCCCAUGCCAUACCCUCCUUAGAAGCUCCACAGCAUAGCCUCAGUCUCCCGGGGCUCUGACCCCUCUCCUCACUGUGCAAUCAGGCCAGACAGGAGGAGGUACAGGACCACUACAUUGACCCGGAUGGUGUCUCCUCUCACCAUUCAGACAUCCACAACAAACGCCGAACACUGAAUGUGGCUAGUUCUCCUGUAUGACUUUCUAGAGAAGCCAGGACCCCCUGGACCCUCCCUGUGGAGUCCUAAGGAAGUCACAGGUUCACACCAUGGGGAUUUUCAGGAUAGCGGCAUGGAGACCAGAGAAUUCAGGCUCGGUUGUUCUCACUCAGUGAGCCUUGAGAAGGAAGAGACUGACCAGAAACAAAUACUCAGCAGUCUGGCAGGAGCGUGAAAAGAUGCUUUAAAACGAAUUUUAGGAAUAGAUUUUGAUACACCCAAUACCAUACACACAGGAGCCUGGCAUUUGCAAAGUCUACUCAGUUUCCUUCCACACACUGACUCACAGUUGUAGCAGAGUGGGCUGAACACAAACAGUGUCUUCAUUUUAACACUGUACAUGCGAUUUCCCCACGGGCUUCUGAAAUGUUACCAUCUCCUCCCCUGCUCUGUGCUACUCCAUUUACUGUUAACAGGUGAUGUCAAUGAAGAACAUACCACAACGCCAGGGCUGUGCACACAUGCAUGCAUAUUUGGGGACAAGCACACAGAUGUAUGUAUAGCACACACACACACACACACACGCCCAAAGGAGAGAAAAGGAAGAAGCAAACAUUUAUAAAAAGUGACAGCUAACCUCAUAUUCAACAGCGGUUCUUUUCCCUGUAGGGAAACAGGUGGCUCUCCACAAGUAAAUGAUGAUGAGUGUGUCCUCCCAUGAGCACGCAGGAACUCUGUCCCAAGCACACAAAAGGACCCUGGCCUUGGGAAACUUAUGACUGAAUGCUUUAGCAUUUCAUGGUUGCUGGGGAAAUAGGGAUUUUACAGAAAUCUCAUUUAAUUUGACCUAAGCAAGAACAUCGUAUGACGUGGCCCUGCCUGGGGCAGUCUGGCAGAGGAACCUGCUAGAGAUGUAUUGGCUGGUCAGCCUCCUGUGAAAUGGGAUCAUGUGAGAAACAGCUUGGAGGAGAAGACUGUACCUAGGGAGACCUUGGCAAUAUUGUUCCCUCCACGGGCCAAGACUCAGUUAGGAGGCAUAAAUCUGCCCAAAAUAAACUAGGCCAGAUUACAGCCAUGCUUAGUUAGUAAUUUGAUUUUAGAAUUCAUGCAGUCAGGAGUGGUUUGUGUGUGUGUGUGUGUGUGUGUGUGUGUGUCUUGGCAAGUGGAGUGUAUUUAACAUAUAGGCACAGGGAAUCCCGCCUCUUAGCUUUUCCCACCCCCUUGUCUCACGAAGUUUUUCUCUCCAAAGGUUUCCAGGAAUUUCUCAUUAACAGCUGAUGUGAACUUAGUGACUAAUAAUGAACAGGGUGUUCAACUCACCAAAAUUAUAUUAUUUGUCAUACACAAAUUUUAUAGCAAUGGUGAUUAUUUAAUUUGUUUCCACACGCUGUGGUUAUCUUUUUUUUUUUUUUCUGAGAAAAUGUUCUCGGACACGUAAAUAUGUGCCAAUGCCAACGUGAAGUAUUGAUCCUGGGCUGCAAAUUACAGCCUAAAGUCUGUAAACCUUGAUUCUAUCUCAGUUCAUCAGAGGGCCUGAGAAGCUGUGGGACAAUGAGAAACAUGCUGGGCUCAUGGUCAGCCUUUCCCCUUGCUAGGAAGAGAGCAGUAAUAUCCUGCCCCCAGCUCCCUCCAGGCUGAAGAGUGGGCUGGCCAGAGGUCGCUGAAAUAGUCCAAGUGACCCACUCCCACAACAGCAAAAAUUAGGUGGUUUGAUGUGACCUGUUUAGUGUGGCUUCUCCUCUUUUGAGCAUAUGUUAGCAUUUUUAUUUUAUUACUCACCCAGUGAACUCUGCUCUUUCCAGUGUGUUCAUGUAUGUGCUAGAUAUAUUAGCACAGCCUGCCUUCUGCUGUACAAUGCCUUAGAGACCAGGCCUUUCAAUGGGCUUAGCUUGGCGGGCUGGGUUUCUGCUCUCUUAGGUCUAAAUUACGGUGUCAGCUUUAAUAGAACAAAAGUAUGCAUCUUGCCUUGGCUUGAGCCUUUUUGUUUUCAAUGCUGACUUUUCCCCUUCCUCUCCUAUGCUCACCUUACCUUCCCUGAGUGUAAAGGACAACAUUUAAAGGGGCAUGUGCCUGGUAAGGGGCAUCCCUGCUCACCAGGUGCCCGUCAUCACCCCACUUCACUGGCAUCUCUCCUGGUGACUAUGGGAUCCUCUCGGUUGUAGGGAACAGUGGCUCCAGUUAGAGGCAUCGAUCUGUUGGGUUCUGGCUCCCCGACUGCCUUUGGUUUUGAAAGUCUCUUCUCUCUGUAUAUUCGGACCCUGCGUUUGUUUUGCGUGAUGCUGAUGCUGUGUGCAGUAGGACUCCUGGAAGACUAUCCAUCAGUCACAGACUCCUCCUGUUGCAAAGUGUCAGGCUGACUCGACAGUCAUCACGAAAUCUGAGCCAGUCACACACACAUGGUCAGCCACGGCUUCUACUCGCAUGACCUUUCUAUUUUCACACCUGAGUUUCUGUUGCUGCCCAUCUGGCCGGCAUUAUCUAUAUACUAAGUUGAAAUCAAAGGUGGCCAGCAGAGUCCCUCAUUCUCACUGUCUUGGAAACAAAGCUGUACAGUUUGAUCAAUGAAAAGUAUUUAAGGUAUUUCGUGCAAUGACAAAAUGCUCAGUAGUAGAAGGCAGGCUGUGAUCAGUCUGCCCACUCCCUACUGUAAUUGUGAGGAUUUGUAACUGGAACAGCACAAGGAGGCCUGAGCUUGUUGGGGCACAGGAAAAGGCCGAGCACCAGGGUGGAACCUUAGCUGAAUAUAGUUAGUGUGUGUCUCAAGAGGAAGACGGGGCACUAUCUCAGUGCUCAAUCUCCAGGUACUAUACCUUUGCCAGUUUUAUCGCUAAUGUGAAAUAAAUCCCCAAACACUUGUUUAUCAUGUAGCACACCUAAAAUACUAUUCUAUUAUGGGUAACCCCACUUUCUUUCUUGGUUUGGUUACCCUGAUACCCUGGUCUUCUGCUGUAUCUAGAACAGUGAAUAUAAAUGACGUAUGGGAAUAGUGUUUCCAUAUGAUCUGUUGUCUGGAGUAUAUGCUACAUGUUCAUCUACUUUACAAAAUAUAGUGUAGCUGAUUGAUGCAAAGCAGUAUCUCUCUGUGUACAGUGCCCCACCUAUUUAAAAAUCACGUACUUGCCCAGAACACUGUGAAACACUUACCAAAUGACAAACGCAGCGUCUGGAUUCUUCCCAAGAAGAACAACUUUCUCCACAGGAACGCAGUAACAAAAGAGAUCCGCCGCCAUCCACACCCAGCCAAGACACCUCAGAGACCAUGGGGACAACCUCCUUGCUGGCCGAUACCUGCUGGAGCAGGGGCACAGGUCCCAGCAACUGAUCCUCAGUGGAUGGGUCUGCAGCCAAAGCCUUAAUGGUCUCUCUUUUAAAGGGGAAAGAAAGAAUUUCAAGCUAAUGAUAUCCAACAUUAUCAUAGUUGAUGAGUUAGUAAAUUCCAAAAAAAAGAUGAUUUUAUAUGUAUGACAUAAAAAAAAUCUUUGUAAAGUGCGCAAGUGCAAUAAUUUAAAGAGGUCUUAUCUUUGCAUUUAUAAAUUAUAAAUAUUGUACAUGUGUGUAAUUUUUCAUGUAUUCAUUUGCAGUCUUUGUAUUUAAAAAACUCCUUUACUGUUAUGUUUGUAUAAUAGAACGUUAAUCAUUUAUUAAAUUCAGACAAGGUGUAAAUAAAUUCAUAAUUCAAACAGCUAGUAUAUAUGCAUAUAUGGGUGUUACAUUGCAAAAAUCUCUAUCUUUGUUCUAUUCACAUGCUUAAAGAAGUAAGAAAUCUUUUGUGGAUAUGUAAUUGUACAUAUAAAGUAUAUAUAUGUAUGAUACAUGAAAUAUAUUUAGAAAUGUUCAUAACUUUAAUGGAUAUUCUUUGGUGUGAAUAAUUGAAUACAAAAUUUUUAAAAUAUCA